AAAUCAAAACUGCCAAAUGACCUUUGUGGCGUAGCUUUGACAUUUGUGGGACAUUAGCAACAUUUGAAUGUCAGCAAGAUGGCGUUGUAGCUCAUUAAGAUGAAAAUCAUAAAAUGAUGUCUGGAUCAAACUAUUUUUUUAUCAGUAAGUGCAAGGCUUGUCAGGAGUAUCUUUCAUUUCUAAAGAAUUCUCAUUAUUGAAAUAAUGUCAUGCAAAGUUUUUUCAUUUACUUCUUAUGUGUCACAUCCCAACAUAUUGAAGUGGAAAUUUGAUGUGUGUAUGAUAAAAUGAUCUAUGAAGUUAUUAACACCAUAGAGAACUAGCGGGAAUUUACAACUUAAAUUUUUCUGUCACAAGUAACAACUAUAAGUAUUAGCUAGUAAAUUCUGGAAUUCAAUUACAGUCACGCUUUUCAGUGUCUGUGUAGUGAACGAAAACUCAGGGUGGACAACCAGAUAAUUGUUUUACGCGAAAUUACCCUGUGUCUCCGUAAAAUAUUAAAUACAUCACUUGCAUAUCUUUCUUGACUUAUCCUUUACGUACUUCACAAUUUUUCCAGUACUGUUGUAAUUCGAAUUACUCUCUGUCUUCUCUUUAUUUCAAUCCGCUGUUAAGCAUUUCACUUCCAAUGUCUGCCACAAACUUUUUAUUUCUGUCCGCAUAGGUAGCACACAUCACACUUGUACUUAAAUAUAUAUUAUUAAUAUUACUCAAUUUGUUUAAUGUGGUUGGUUUCUUAUAGCAAAGCUUCUACGGGCUGGGGUUUCCGACCCCAUGCCCAACCUUCCUCCUUUACCUGGGCUCUCAACCGACAGUAACUUUAAAAGAGCUACAGGCGGAGUUUAUUACUAAUAUGUGACAACAUAAAUUGGGACUUACAAUAAUAUUUUCUAGAAUUGUGCCCUGAUUUUAUAGAACGGAGGGAAACUCCACUACAAUGUAAUACUUACACCAUCUCUCCUUCCAUGAUGGUGUUCAUUGAACUUAUGUUCAAUGUCAUAGAGACAACACUUGCGAUUUCGUACACCUUUACAAUAUCUUUUUACAGUGACAUAAGGAGGUAAUUUUCGUAUUUAAGUGUAUUGCCUUCUUUCUAUCUUGGUGCAUAAGCGUUUAUUGAUUUCUUUAGAGAUAUGCUAAUUAGUUUUUGUCUUUUUUUAAUCGAUGAAACUAUCUUUUCCGUUACAGAUUCCUCACCUUAAGCAACUGGCUUUGUUGACCUCCUAAGAGUUUCGUCAUUCAUAGGGGUUCCUCAUGAAAAGGGGUGGUGGACCGAAUGAGUUAGACCCCCCACCAAAAGUUUCUAAAACUAGAGAGUCUGUGGAUGAAGAUGAAUGUGUUGGCGAUUGGCAAGUAUGUUACGCAUCAGUUCAAUCCAGUAUUGAUUGGCUAUUGUGUAACUCAUGUUUUUACGAGUAAUCAUUAUUUUGUAGAUAAAUAUUAAGUAAUGGGGUUGAUAGUUGUACAUUUUGUUUGCCCUCAUUCUUACCAAUGAAUUGUUGGGAAUAUUUGUGGAUUUCCUCAUAAGUGAUCUCUGUUUCCAUCAUCCUCAUUUGAAUACUAGGCAUCUAUUUUACUCUUUAUUUUUCGUGAAAAUAUCUUGUCGAGUCAGUUAAUGAAGUUUCUGUGAUAGAAGUAUUAAAUACAUUAAAUAUGAAUCUGUACCAUAAUGUGUUGUUUAAUUAUCCCGUAACGCGCUUAUAAAUUAAGUAGCUCAUUUCUUUUAACCGUCUUUCAGUAAUUUUUCUUUGUACACAGAGGGGUUGGAAUUGAUAUCCUCUCACUACUUUUCAUUUCUAUAAACUAUUUUUGUGUAACAUAGGCAUCGCUUGGAUGUUCAUUAGCGGAAAGACUGGAAAAAAUCACUACUGUCCAACAUUUGACAACACGCCAAGUUAAAAGGUUGUUAAAGGAUGUCCUGACUAAUGAGGAUGUUGUGAGUGCUCUACGUCGGUAUAUUGACGGUGAAUUCAGAGAGCCUGAAACCGGUGAGAUUUCAGCAGCUACUCGAAGGCGUGCUAAAUCUUUGGGGUUAUUUUCUAUCCUCAGUGAUCUUGGAGAAAAUUCCGAUUACCACCUAGAAUCUAGAGCUAUCACUCGAUCACUUACUCGUCGUAUUGAAGAGUCAUUGCAAAAUCAGUUUCCACAUUCUACCACACCCGAAAAAGAAGCACCAUGCACCAUUCUUGAUAUGGAAUUCCCUGACGAAGAUGAUGGCAACGGAAAAAAAUUAGGGAACGAUUUAGAUAUUUCAUUGACCGAUAGUGAUUACCAACCGAACGAUGGAGAUUACAAAAUUUUAAGACGUGAUCAAGUGCUAGAUUUUACCGAAGCCUUCAAACAUAAUUCCUGUGUUACAGAUGUAGAAAAUGAAAGUUGUCUGAAUGGUAGUAGAAGUAGCACUGAGAGUGAUUCACAAAUAGAUCUUGACUCUUGUGAUGACUGCAUUCAACCUAACAAUGUCGAUAAUUCUGUUUUCUGUGGAAACGAUAAUAAUUUAGAUAUACGAACUUCCCGUCUUACUCGUUCAAAAGCUAAAUCACUCAAGAGUUUAUCUGAAUUAAGAAACGGUGUUUCCUUUGAAAAGCAUGAAAAUUCUAACUCCAGUGUAUCAUUUCGACCGGACGAUGCUGUUGAAUUUUCGCUUCCUGGUAGUUCUCAUUGUUAUCCGGAUGCAGAAGAGGGUGAAGAAGAAGAAGAGUUGAACGCAACAGAGGACAUAACAAAUAAAAAUUACAGUACAACAACAAAUAAAGAUGUAGAUAUUGAAGAUUCAGAUAACGAUGUUUAUACUCAAUUUCUUCGUUCGCUGUUCACUUCCGCUUCCAAUUCAGCAAACUGUACGCCUAACAAAUCAAAUCCAGGAAUAAAUGCUCCAGUUAAAGCGUCUACAAUCUGUGAAAAACUCUUAGGCGAUGAACCAAACAAAAACAACAGAUCCCAACCAUCAAAUGGACAUCAUUCUGAAAUGACAUCGCGGCCAAUAUCAAGGCUUGUAAAUGAUAUCAAUGACGAUGAAGAUGAUGACGAUCCAGAAUUUGACGUUAUGGCAGAGUUAGACGAUGUUGAUAGGGAGGAUUUUUUCUAUGAAUUACGAGACGAUCGCGCUGUUCGAGUAUCUAAAAUGGAAGCCAAGAAUUUACAUGAAGAUUUACGUGAACUGUUUAGUUCAGAAGAAGGACAUGAAAAUCGUACACAUCAAUCCAAAACACCUUCAUUCCUGGCAAUGAAAGCUUAUGGCCAACGUUUGUUUCAUAUGGAUCGCAAUACAUUUCGAUAUAGUAGUCAAAUAGAUGAGUUUAACAAUCCACAACCUAUUCAAUCUCCUGCACCCAAUGAGAUUUUUCAUAAGACUACAGAUACUCCGGUUAAUCCAACUGUAACACGGUGUCGUAUCACCCUUACUGAGACAGAACUGGUUCGAUUAGAACGUCAAUUAGUAAUGCAUAUUCAAUUGUUAACUACGAAUUUCUUAUUAACAUAUGAUUUUCCUGAUAUGCAUGAAUAUGUUACCCGACCAUGUGCUACUCUUCUCAAAACUUUAAUUGCUAAACGUCAAGCUUUUGAUUUAGUUGCACUUCAACAAAAUAUUCCCGAUAAAUAUCCUGUUACAAGCUUCUAUUGGUGUUGUCCUACUUUGGAAAUGGCUGUUGAUUUGAUUUCCGAUUAUGCUGGAUUAUCUAUGCUUCCACGUUUACCAUGGAAUCCGUAUAAACGAGGAGUAGGAAAUAGUCUUACUAAGUCACAAUCAUUCGCCUUGCCUAUCCCAUAUUGUUUAUUACGUAUAAUGACUAACAGUCCUAUUUGGUCUUAUGCGUGUUUAAUGCCUACUGUCUUGGGACCACAUCCGAAAAGUCAUGUCCGAUUAAUUUUUCAUCCAUCUGAAGAUGCUUUAAUGGUGAUGGGGUUGGCAGACUUUUCCGGUGCAUUAAGUCGAACUCGUAAAUCUCUCGAACCUAAAACUCUUAAUUAUCACCACCAAUCUAGAAGUCGUGGAUCUAAGUGUAAACAACCUUGUCGUUACAUUGCAUAUCGUUUAAUCGGUAGGCAUAUACUUCCGUAUCGUACACUAUUGCAGUUACGCUCUCGUCGUUGGAAUCUGUUGGCUAAUCGUGACAGUAUAGAUAAUGCAGGGGACUCCAAACAUGUACCAGUUGCUACUCGUCGUCUACUUCAACUCUACACUGAGUUAAGUCAACCAGGGGAAGUGGACCUAAAAAGAAUUCAACAGUAUGCUAAUGAAAUGACUACACUUGCUGCUCCUUAUGGUCUUCCACUAAUUGUUGAAUGUUUAACUGAUAAGAAUUCUAAAGAUUUGUUUACUUUUGAAGGGCUCCCCACCGAUGUAGGUUAUGAGCAUGUUUUAAAUUCUAACUAUCGUAAUGAAAAUGCAAAACGUAGAUUGGAUGUAUUAACUGAGUUCAUAGAAAAUGCCGAGUGUUUUUGGAGGUCACAGAUUGGAAAAACGCACUCUAUAGAAAUGAAAACAACAAAUUCAACAGAUGUAGAAGGUGAAUCCAUAGUCAAAUUAGAACCACCAGUUGAAUGUGAUGUGCUUGGUCCGAAUUAUUUACCUGCUAUCCCAGUGGAUCUCAAUCCUGACGGUACCGUAGUUCUCAGCAAAACCAGUGAACCUGCUCUAGUUGAAGUUUUUAAAGUGUCUGAUGAUUCGGAGUCAAUCCAUGAUUCAAAUAAUCACUCUGAAAAUCCAGUUAAUAAUUUAUCAAAUCAAGAAACUCAAAAAUAUCGAACUGUUCAAACUAAAAAAUCACAUCAUAUCGAAUUUAUCCUAGCCCGGAUAAACAAACAAAAGUCAUAUAAACUUUCAGAUGAUGAUAAAGUAGAACCACCAGUCAGUGCUGAAAAUCAUGAUAUAUCAGAUGGUAUUGUUGCACCGUCCUCUGUUGAAUGUAUUUUAAAUGAUCAGCAGCUUGAGGAAAUGCCAAAUAUUUUGGAGUCUUACUGGAGUCAUACAGGUAAUGAUGCAUUAGAUGUUUGUCAAAAAGUAGCAGAUGCUUUAGUGAACUUAUUUCACUUUGGUUUUGAUAAAUUUUGUGCUGCCCGUGGAGACGCUAAUCUUGGACCUAGAAAGUUUUGCCAUAUGUUGAAGUCAUCAGUGUUAAAUCCUCAUAUUCAUAGUGCAGAUAUAAGUUCUGUAUGUUCAAACAACUUUCAAUCUGUUUUGGAUUCGUCAAUUUUUAUUGCUGAUGAGUGUCAGAGUCAAGCUGCAGGGAUCUUCCCAAGUGCAUGUCUUAUGACAUCCAGUCGUUUUGUUGCAAGAUGUCGGGCACGUGGUGAUGCUAACUCAUCUGACUUACUGACUUUACCGUCUUCUAUCAUAACUCAUACACAGGCAAUAACGGAUGAGAUGGAUGUGAGACGAGCACGUUCACUACUAGAUCGAUGUCGAACCUAUUUAGCUCCAGGUGAUUACAAAAAUAUGAUGAUUAACUUAUCCAACUUAAGUCAAGCUAUUCAGACUCCUAGAUUAAUCACCAGUAAUCAUGAACAGUCAGACAAAACUGAAGUAUUACUUUCUCUUGCAUGUGUGUUAAACUGUUUGAAAAAACAUUUAUCUUUGUGGGAGGAUUUUGUUUGCCUUCUUACUCCAUCACAAGCCCGUAGUCUGGGUCUGCUAUCUACAUAUUUCAAUCUGGCACGGAUCAACCGAGUGCAAAGAGUUCUACAAGAUAUUGUUCCCCGUGAUAGGAGAUUUUGGAGACGUCUUCGUAAUUUGGCAGAUAGCUGCAGCAUUGAGGCACGUCAUAUUCCAGUCAAAAAGAAGUUUUAUACAGGUGUGAGAGAUAAUUCUGCUCAUGAUCCUUCAAAUGCAGAUAAACAAGACUUCCAUGAUUGCAGCGAAAGAGCAACUAAUGGGACUCGAAACAUUCAGAAAUCAUCUGUGUUACAACAGGGUCAAGGUUCAGGUACAAUCUUAAGUAAAACCCAAACCAAAUCCCGCGUUAGAGGUUUACGGCAUCGAAAUAUGCACGAUGCAUUCUCCAAAGCUUGGUCAGUUCUGGAGAGUAGUUGGCGCAACCGUCCUGUUCUCUUAUCACGUAUCGCCAGUCUUAUUAAUACUAGACAUAAGCCAUAUGUCGGUUUUGAACAGAGUUUUGAAGAAUCAGAUGUACUUGCUCGUCGUCCUGUAGGGAACUCAACUUAUCCCGAGAAUUUAAAUCAAAAUGCAGGCAUUUCAAGUAAUAGAUACAUCCCUUCUCCAAUCAACGCCCUUUCUCCUCAGUUACGAUCCUUUCUUUCGGAAGGAUGGGAAGUAUGCACUGACCUUGCUUCAACAGCUCACAAUCGAAAUAACUCGUUAGGUACACUCUGGGCUCGUAAACAAUGUCCUUGCCGAUGUCAUCCUAGUGCAUCAUCAAACAGUGUUCCAAUAACAAAUCAAUCUGGAAAACCUAUUAAAAAGGUUGACAGUCUUGGUUUAAGACACUGCAUUUCUUGCAGUUUGAGAGUGCAUCGUGGCAUUGUGUAUGUUGAUGAGUGCAAUCUUCAUCUGCGUCACGUGAAGAUAACUUGGCCACCUGGUUUUAAACCAAAAGCUCAUUUACCUCGAAGUUCCCUAUCAGCUGACUCUGUUGCAAAUCAAAUCCCUCGUCCUGCAACAAUCCACCAUGCAUCAUCAAAUAUUCCUACUCGUACUGCUUUAAGCGAACUUGCAAAAAUGCAUGCCAGAUUACAUUCUACAAACAGAGUAUCAAGUCAUCGCAAUUUCCUACCAGAUAUGGCUGGUCGACGUGUUUCAAUCGAAUUUGUUCCUUCUUUUAAAUCAAGUACAUCAGACAGUCGACAAAUCGAUGAUUCAAGCAAUCAAGAUGAAUGUAAUGCUCUUGAAGGAACUGAUGACGUUCAACUCUCCUGUCCUCCAAUAGAUAAGCAUCCAAGACUAGUCGAUGUAGAUAGUAGAAAUGGUCUCAUACCCCGUGAAUUACGUUCGAAAUUUGAUGUAGAAAAUCCUAUGAGUUGGUCGCUGGAUGAUGAAGCUGCUUGCUUCAAUACAGAAGCUUUUGCGUCUACAUACAAUGAGAAUCAUGAAGGUGACCCGUGUGAAUUAGUUAAUGAUGAUUGGACACCGGAAGAAGACAGGCAGUUAUUGGAAUUUUGUAAAGCUAAAGGACGUUACAGCUCUCAGAUGUUUACAGACUUAGCUAAAAUAUGGGAACCCAAACCAUAUGUUUACUCUGCACAACGGAAUCCACUGGAAUUAGAAGAACGUUUUAAACAUCUCAUGCGUAUCACAUUGAGAGAAGCUUAUGAUCCAGAGUUAUUUCAAACGCCGUAUAGAGACGAAUCUUCAUGUGAAGAUGACUAAUCAUAAUUUGACCUUAUGUAUUUGUUCUCCCAUAUUCACAGAAUAAGUUGACGCGCAUGAAUCAAGUCUUUCAUCUGUAUAAAUUUGUACAAUAUUACAUAGAUUUCUUAGUAAUUAUCAACAUAUAUUCAUCUUCUCACAGCUCAUUCUUCAAACUUUAUAAAAUAUAUGUUAGCGUUGCAAAUUUUUGAAGUCACAUAUUUUGUAUAUGCUUUCAAAGUUCUUUAUGAGAUAACCCUU